AAAGCAAAAGCGAGAAAAAAAGAGCCACAAGCAGAUAAAAGAAGUGCAAAUUUUUUCGCACAAAAGCGCAACAACAACAGCAGCAACAGCAACAACAACAGCGACAACAACAACAAUAAUAUAAAAUGUCCAGCAACGGUUUCGAUGAAAAUCCAUUUGGCGAGCCCAAUCUGGAUAAUCCAUUUGCGGAUCCCGCCAUACAGCAGGCGACACGAAUGUCGACAAAUGUCUCGUUGGAGGACUACAAUCCAUUCGAGGAGCAGUCAAAGCCCCAACUGCAAAUUAACUCAACGAACACCGCUGCCGUCGUCCAGCCCCUAUCACAGAACGUUGCCACACCACAGCCACAGAGGGGUGCACUAUUCGCUGAGGGGCCCAGCACCAGCAUACAAAUCACCUCGGAGGAGCUUCAGCGCCGCCAGGAGGAGUUGGAUCGCAAGGCCGCCGAACUGGAUAGACGCGAGCAGCAGCUGCAGGGUGGCAAUGUGCCCCAGUUAAAUAACUGGCCACCGCUGCCGGAUAACUUCUGUGUGAAGUCGUGCUUCUAUCAGGACUUCGAGGUCGAGAUUCCGCCCGAGUUUCAAAAGCUUGUCAAGCACUUGUACUACAUCUGGAUGUUUUACACUCUGACGCUGGCCGCCAAUAUAAUUGGGUGUUUGAUUUUGCUGUUUCACGAGGGCCACGUGGCCAAUUUUUUUCUAGCCAUUUUCUAUAUGAUCCUCUUCACGCCCGCCUCCUACGUCUGUUGGUUCCGGCCCGCUUACAAGGCAUUCCGCAACGAUUCGAGUUUCAAUUUUAUGGUCUUCUUUUUCGUGUACUUCUUCCAAACGGUGUACACGAUUGUCCAGGCCGUCGGAUUCCAGCAAUUGGGCUAUUGUGGCUUUAUAACGGCGAUCGUUCAGUUUGAUAACACCGCCGCUGGCAUCGUUGUUGGCCUGUUGCUGUUGAUCGUUGCGUUCUGUUUUGCGACCACCGCCGGCGCCAAUGUGCUGAUGAUAAUGAAGAUCCAUAGCAUCUAUCGCAGCACUGGGGCCAGCAUGGAUAAGGCCAAGGCGGAGUUCACCACGGAAUUUUUGCGUAAUCAGCAUGUGCAGGAGGCGGCCACAUCGGCUGUUAGCUCGGCGGUUAAUUCACAGUUCAACAAUAGCAGAUACUAAACGGGGAUCGAAUGCGAUCAAUCAUCCACACAUUCAAACAAACCAACAAUCAAUCAAUCAAUCAAUGAACCAAACGCAAGCAAAAGCACAGUGAAUCCACACACACUCACACACACACAGUCAAGCGAUAAAUCGAUAAUAAUCUUAACUUAUAUAUAUAUAUAUAUAUCUAUAUAUAUAUAUAGAAAAAGGCUUGAAAGCAUAACUAAUAACUAAUUGCUUUGUGCAUAAAACACACAAUUCCUAAAAUGCCGUCGUCCUUAUUACAAUUUAGCCACUGUAAUAAUCUAAAUACACACUCACACACACACACACAAUAUAUAUAUAUAUAUAUAUACCUAUAGACGAUUUCUAAGUGUAUCUGGAUAAGAGGAAGAAGAGUUAACCAAAUCUUCAAAUGGCGCACGUUGCCUUCGUGAACAUUCUGGCGUAAAAAAGGAAAGCGAAAGCACCUACACAACAAACAACAACAACAAAGAAAAACAGAUAUAUAUAUAUACAUAUACAUAUAUAUAUCUACUAUAUCUAAUAUAUAAAUAUAAUAGGUACUUACUUUAGUAGUACGCAUUGAGAUGGGAAUGCUUAAAGAUUUAACACCAACAAAAAGUGUCCUAAUGAAAUUACUAAGUUAUAAAACAACAACAACAAUAACAACAACAUCAAAAUGCUUGCACAGCCAAAAUCGAUAACCAUUUCGAUAACUGCUCGAGCGCUAUGUGUAUGUAUAACGAUAACGAUAAUGAUGAUGAUGAUGCGAUAAGGAU